AGAAGGACAAGGAGCAGAGCAGCGCUCUGAGUGGCCGAGCAGUGAUAGCGUUCACUGCCAGGGUCCUGCCUGUUCCGUUAAUUGCCCCCGCCCCCGCCCCGAUCGGCUUAAAAAGCUCAUAGUUGCACCCAAGUCCCCAGUCAAGAGAACCGCAGGAAGGACCGCGAUGGGCUUGGGUGACUACAGCCACUGCAGACAGCGGAUGUCCCGGGGACUCUACGGGGUCUCUGGCAGGGCUGCGCUGUGGUCCCCAGCUUUUCAUCCCAUGCACCGCAUCCCUUGCGGCACCUGGCGCAUUGAGGCUCAGGAGCAGGCCCGGGCAUCCAGCCCGGUACUGGAGCAUCUCCGGCGACAGCUGGAGCGCGCUUUCCAGCGGGCGGCGGCACGAGGGCGCGCCAGGCGCGCGCGGGAGGCGGUGGCAGCUGUGGCGGCGGCCGCAGCGGCGGCGCGAGAGGAGCGGACCCGGGCGCGCAUGGAGUGCGCGCUGGCUCGGCUGCGCGCGGAGCUGCUGGAAUUGCGUCUGCAGAACCAUCAGCUGGCCCGAACAUUACUGGAUUUAAACAUGAAAAUGCAGCAGCUGAAGAAGCAGCAGGACCUGGAGCGAGCAUCCAAAUCUCAGAGCCCAGAAGAUGAUGCGAUGGAUUCCGAGUGUGGAAAUGCAUAGUGGAAAGCUUAAGCCAGCAGCCCCCACAGCAGUCCUGCCCCUCACCAUAACAUAGGCGGCUCUGAAACCGUUCUAGUAUUAACAUGAGCAAUGAUGUAUGUGCACUCUGAGGGACAUCCUGCCAGUGAAAACUUAGGUGUAAGGAG